CGGAAAAACAUAACAAGCACCAUCUCUUUCAUUCGACUUCCGGCACAGGUGGGGUGGUCUCGCAUGGCGGUCGUCGCUUCCCUGAACUCGCAGAAGUUCUUCCCUCCUUUCCUUUCUCCUAAUUCCCAUUCCUCCAUUCGUCCCUUGAGUCGAAACCCUCGUUUGAAACUUCGAACUUCCUUCAAGUUCCAGUCGAUUACUAGCGAGCUCAGGAGCAACUCCGACUCGAGCAAUCCACCAGAGAGCAAGGCGGACAGUCCAGGAGUUAAAGCUGCGUUGAGUAUGCUCAGGUUCUACAAGAGGGAAAUAUCACCGAUUCUGCCGAAUAGUUGUCGAUACGUGCCGACGUGUAGCGAGUACUCAAUGGAAGCCUACAAGAAAUAUGGGGUUGUCAAGGGCACUGUCUUGACGGCUUGGCGUCUCUGCCGUUGCAAUCCUCUUGGUGUUCAUUUUGCUAGGUGGAUCUGGAUUUGAUCCCCCGCGCUGGUUUGGUGAACAACGUCCAUCUGAAGAAGAAUGAGAGUUCAUUAUAUUUACUGCUGGGCCAACAGGCAUAUUUUCCACAUCUUUGAGGGAACUUGGCUUAGCCUGUCUCUGAGAUUGGAUCUGGGAGUUGCAGUCUUUUCCAAUUUGGGCGAACAAGUCUUAAUAUCUAUCUUGUGGUUCACUAUUUCAUAAUGUUGACUUUAGAUUGAUUUUUUGUUUCAUCAAUAGGAGUAAUAUUCUAGGGGAUAAAGGCACCGGAGGUCCUUCGACUAUUACUAUAUAUUCAAUUAGGUCCCUCAUUUUUCUUUUUUGUGCAGCUAAGUCCCUAUACAAUAUAUAUUCUUUUUUCAAGUUGGUCCUUCAGUCAAAUCUAUGGACGAAGAUGCUCACAUGGCAAACCACGUUGGCAUGCUUCUCCAACUCAUUGCUGUAAACAAAAAGCUAAUAACAGAAAAGCCAAAAAAUAAAAACAUAACAGAGAUCAAGGGUGGACGGGGAAGAACGAAGAUGGGAGGUGGUGACUGGGCGAUGAGGUGAGGCCACUCAGCCACCAAUGAGGGUCCAUUGAUCUUUGUCGGUGUUUGAUUUGGCCACAGAUGGCGGCACCUCCUUGGAGUGUCUAAUGUCAAUUCAAUUCAUGGUGAAGUUGGGGCAAAAUCUCAAUGUUUCUUCGAAUUUGCAAGAGUUGUCGGUUUUGGAGUCUCAAUCGAGAAGACUUGGAGAAGGGUUAUGGAUGCAAAGGUAAUUGAGAAUUUGCUUUCUUUCUUGCGUGUCCACCACUGUUUCUUUCUUCAAAGCUUUGUAUGUAGACUUGAAAAUUGCCAAGUGCUGUUUUCUCUGUUGAGGAAAGCAUGAAGGCUGCUGAUGAAGCUCUGUUUUCUCAUCUUUGGAGAUUACAUCAGGCAAUUUUACAGGGAAGAAUGAAGGAACUCUGGUUUAGAUGGUGAUUGCCUAAUGUGAUGAGCUUAAAUGUUCAGUUUCAGGAGAAUCAGAGCAAGGUCGAGAUUGUCGAGAUGAUUUUCAAAUCGGUUGUACUUGGAGAUUGACCGAAAGGAUAACGAGGGGAAGUGGCGGCGGGCAUCGGCCACACCAGGUUUGCCUGAGCUCAGCAAGGGAUCCUGGCUGGUUCAUGGGUGCUGCCUCCGCCACCACAUCCCCUUCUUUGGUUUUGCACUUUCUUUCUUUUUUUCUUUUUCUUUUUUUUUCCCAUAUUUCAAUUUCCUAAAAUUCUCAACAGAAAAAAAGAAACAUUUUUGAAGUCUUUAAUUGCUUGGUUGGAUGUCAGUAGGGUGCCACAUCAACAUUUAUUGGCAACUUGAAAGCCACAUUAGCAUCUACAUUUCUUUUUAAUAGAAGGGCCAACUCGAAUGACAAAAUAUAUAGUUUAGGGACUUAAUUGCACUGAAUAGAAAGUUGAGGAACCUAAUUGAACAUUUUGCAAUAGUUCAAGCACCUAGAUCCUAUUUUUGCAUAUUAUGAACUAUCCUUGGACCAAUGUAGUUAAUCACAUUGCCGAUCUUACUGAAAGAAAAUAAUAUUACAGAAUUUCUGCAUCCCCUUCUUUUUUGUUAAAUCUUAUGGAAAACGAUGGCAAAGCAAGUUCAUGACAUGUUCUGUAGAUCUUCUGCUAAUUUUAUUGAGAGAACUGUUUCUCCAGCAUUUUUAUAAAUGUCUCGGACAACAGGGGGAUGAAACUUUGAAACUCUAGAUAAUGCUUUCUUUUGCAUUGGUAUUACAACAGAAUGGCUGCCCCCUUUGUUGCCUUUCAGGCAUUAUUUGAGGAAAACCCUUUACAACACGUAGACUGCUUAAGUUGGCACCAAUAUCGCACAAGAGAGUUCUAUGGAAGUAAGUUUCGGCCGAGAGUGAGUCAACAAAAGUGGGGGAAGUGUGCUAUCAAACCAUAUCACAGAUUAUGAAACAGGAUCGAUGAGCCGUCUGAUAAGAAAAUCCUUUUUUGUGCCGGUUGGACAUAAAAACAUGAACACUGAUGAGCAUGUUUCCUGUGCAGGUCUUCGAGUAGGGGGAUGCGUAUUAUUUUGGCCCUCCUGUUUCAUGAUUGCAGCUAAUAUUGAAUGCUUAUGGUCCAUUAUAUUGUUUUUUUUUUUUUUUUGAUCGCAUGGUCCAUUAUAUUGUUUGACGAAGUGUAUCAUUUGGCGUCUUAUGGAACUAUCAGGAAAUGCGAUUGGGGAACAGAUACAUCCUCAUGCCAUUGCUUGCUGGAUGUCAGGUACCUAUCGCAUAAACCCUCCAGGGUCCUUUUGCCAUCUCCAAUGGGAAGGAUUUUGCAAGCUCCAGACUGUCAAAGAGCAAUAGUAGUAAUGGAAUUUCUUGACACUGGGAAACGAAGAAAGGACUUAAUUAUUCCAUCUGUAAAAUAUCAUAAAUGGACAAGUCGCUUUUCGUUUUGACAGACAAGAAGGGAAGCAAAAUCAAAGAUGAUUGUCA